AUGGCUGCCUUAGACUUUUACGCCGGGGGCAGCUACCAGAGGCGGGUUGGGAAAGACUUUAAUUUAGGGCUCUGCCAGACUGCUGUCCACAAGUGUGUGGCUGAAGUCACAGAAGCCCUAAAUAAACCAGAAAUUCUCCAACGGCACAUCGCCUUCCCUGGUAACCGUGAGGAGAGAAUGGCGGUUAUGAAAGGAUUCAUGGAUGUCUUUGGCUUCCCUGGUGUUGUGGGCUGUAUUGAUGGCACACACAUUGCCAUCAUACGGCCCCAUGAUUUUGAGGAGGCUUUCUUCAAUAGGAAGCAUUACCACUCACUAAAUGCUAUGAUUAUAUGUGAUGCAGAACUUAAUGUUCUUCAUGUGGAUGCAUCUUAUGGAGGUGCCAGCCAUGACUCGCAUGUGUGGAAUAGGAGCGCUUUGGAGGCUCACAUGCGAAGUCUGGCUGAAGCCGGUGAAGUGUGCUGGCUAUUAGGGGAUUCUGGAUAUGCCCAGCGGGAGUGGAUGAUGACACCCAUUCUACAAGCAGCUCCGGAUUCCCCAGAAGCACACUACACGGAUCUGCACUGUAGUACCCGCAAUACUGUGGAGCGGUGCAUUGGUGUACUGAAGGCUAGGUGGCGCUGUCUUCUAGCGCACCGAACCCUCCACUAUGAUCCAGUGAAAGCUGGGAAAAUUGUCAAUGCGUGUAUUGUAUUGCACAACAUGUGCAAUCGUGCACGCAUUGAAGUUCCCACACUGGACGGGUAUGACAUAAGAAGGGACGGCAGAAGACAACCAGCGCAGCCAGCCGAGGAGCGCCAGAACUUGCUCCGCGAUCUCUACCAGGCGCUCAAGGGAGCGCGCUCGACUUCUGUCGAUACGAAGGCGCUGCUCUUCGUAUCGACGAGCCCACUCUGGGGGGUCAUCGUACCGUCACCUGCGGUCUGA